AUGGAAGACGAAAUUAUUGAAAUAGCUGAUGAUCAAAAACAAUUUCGAUCAAGAUUUAUCAAACAAAUAGCAAAAGAAAAUCCAAAACAUGCAAAUCAUUUACGAAAAAUCUUUCAUAUAUCAACAAAUGGAAAUCGUCAAGCUCGUUGUGAUGUUUAUCAAAAAAUCUUAGAUGAAUAUCCAUUUGGAAGUGUUGAACGAGAAAAAUUAUUGGAUUAUUAUGCUAAAAUUAUGGAUUUAGAACGUCGUGUACGAAAAUUUGUUAAUGCAAAAAUUUAUAAUGAAAAAAUUGAAAAUGAAAAUAGUACAGCAACAGCUGAUCGAUUUGAUUAUGUUUUUUCUCGAUUGGAUCAAGCUAAUGUUGAACCUGAAAUAGUUAAAGAAUUUUUUAAUUCAAAUGCAUUAGCUAUAUUUAGUUUAACAAUGCAUCCAACAAAUCCAACAUCAUUACAAUAUACAACUAAAGGUGGAUUACCAUUUGAUAAACAUUUAGAUGAUGAAGACAAAGAAUUUCAUGGACUUUUAAAAAUACUUCAAGAUUUAGAAUUAGCUGGAAGAAAAAAAACAGUUGAAGAAGAAGUUGAAGAAACAAUUGCUAUUCUCGAUAUUAUUUAUGAUACAUCACCAAAAGUACGAGAUCAAUUAAUUGAAUCAUUAAAAGAUUAUCCAUCAUAUUCAAAUGUGAUUGAUGUUAAUAGACCACUUAUUCAACCAUCAAUAUGGGCAGCUGGAGAUGGAGAUGGAAAUGAAAAUGCUGAUAUAAAAGCAUUAGAACAAGCUGUUAAACAAUUAAAACAACGUAUUAAACAAUUAUAUUUAAAUGAUAUUGAAAAAUUAUCUUCAGAUAAAACAAAAUCUAUUGAAGAAAAAUUAAAAAAUAAUUCCUAUAAAAAUGCAGAUGAAUUAAUUGAUGAUUUAAAAGAUAUUCCAAAUGCAAAAGAUCUGAUUUAUAAAAUCAAAACAUUCGGUUUUCAUUAUGCACAAAUUGAUAUUCGUCAUAAUGCUAUUGAUAUUAUGGAAACAUUUUCUCAUUUAAUUAAAGUUAAUAAUUUAAAUGAUGAUUUCUUAUCAUUAUCAUUAGAAGAACAAAAAAAAUUGAUCAAUCAAUGGAUAAAUGAUGAUGAAAUUAUUAAAAAAUUAAUGACAACUGAUCAAGAUAUUUUAACAAAAAGUAGUAAAACAGCUGGAAGAGUAUUUGGUCGAUUAAAAUUAAUUAAAAAUAAUCUUGAUACAUUUAAUAAAUUAAUUAUUGCUGAAACCCAUUCAAUUAUAAAUGUUUUAGCUUCAUUUUUAUUAUUAAAAGCAAGUGGAAAUUGUGUUGCUGAACAAGGUACAAUUAUUGAUAUUGUUACAUUAAGUGAAUCAGUUAAAGAUUUACAAGAAUUACCAAAUUUAAUAAAUGAAUUAAUUGAUGAUCCAAUCUAUCGAAAACAUUUAUCUUAUCGUCAAAAAUUAAUUCCAAUGAUUGCUAAAAGUGAUACAAUACGAAGAAAUGGUCGUGGUGCUGAAUCUUCACAAGAAGAAGCAUUAGGAAAAGUUUAUGCAAUGUCUGAACAAUUUAGAAAAAAAUAUCCCGAAUUAAAAAAUGUAACAGUUAAUGGUUAUAGUGGUGGUGGUGCAGCAUUACAACGUGGUGGUGGUCGUGUUACAGAAGUUCCACAUAAUAAUGGUCGUGCUGCACGAUAUUUUGGUGCAAAAACAAUUGGACCAUCAUUAUUAACAAUUCAAGGUCAUCAAAUGCAAAUAUUAUUUUCUCCAAUAUCAAUAUGUUUACAUACAUUAGAAUCAUUAGUUGCACAAAAUCUUCAUGCACGUGCACAAACAGAAUUAAAACCAAAUGGUGAACAUUAUGUUUUACCACGUCGAGCACCACAAGGUCAUGAUGAAAGAAAAAAUAUUGCUCAUUUUCAUAAAGCAUGUCAAGUUAUGCGUGAUACUUAUUAUAGUUUUAUGGGAGAAUUAGAUGAUGAUACUGAUAAAGAUUCAGGAAAUCAUAAUUUUAAUCAAUUAUUUUCCAAUGCACCGUGGGUUUCAGUUGUUCUAGGGAAUUUAAGUUCACGUCCAUCAAAACGUGGUGGUGGUCAAGGUACAGAUUCAGACAAGAUUACAGUUCGAAGUUUACGUGGUGAUAAUCCAAAAUUACUUAAUAAUCGUGCUAUUACAGUUGAAAGAAUAUCGGCACAUAGUGGAACACAUUUUCUAACUUAUUUAAGUGUUUAUGAAGGUUUAAAAAGUAUUAAUUAUGAUGAUCUUCAUGAAAUGUAUCUUUGUGGUAAAUCAUGUCGUGAUUUUAUGCGUAAUACAGCUUUAUCAUUACAUAUGACUGAUUUUGAUUUUGCAUGGCAAACAAUGAUUGGUCAACCACGUCCAAAUAAAGAUCAAAUUGCAUUAUUAGCGAAAAAUUUUCAUCGAGAAAAAAAUGCAAAAAAUACAAAUGAAGAAAUUUUAGCAUGGCUUGAAAUAUAUGCAAAUGAUGUUGCUAAAUUAGUUCAUAAAUGUAUUUUAAACAAAGAUCCAGCUGAUGAUUUUAAUUUACAAACACCAUUAAAAUGUGGAUUUUCAAAUUUAGCACAACAAUUAACAUUAAGAGAAGAAUCAGAUGAAUUUGGAAGAUAUGCUGAAGCGGAUAUGACUAAUUUUAUGAAUCAUAAUUUAGAUUAUAUAUUAGGUGAACAUGAACGUGCAACAUUACAAUCAUGUUAUGCUGCUGCUGAUGUUGUUAAUGCACCUGAAGGCGGUUUAAAUAUUGAACUUACAAGAACAAAAAUUACUUAA